AUGAAACGCGCCUAUCAAAACGACGAGCAAUUUUCUGCAAAGCGACAGAGGAGCAAUGGACACGAUGGGCACUCAGAUCAUCGUCCCCGAGGCUUACACUCUCAAUCUCGACACUCUAAAAACUCGCAAUCAAACCAGCAAAAUGCUCCACUGCCCGAUUCUACCAAACAUCUAGAAUCACUACUCAAGGCUCUGGUCAAUCGCGGAGACAGUACUAGACAACUUCUCGGCCACGAAGCAUAUGAAAGCGCCGUCAAAUUAUCUACAUCUUUCUCUUCAGUCAACACAGCUACCGCCUCACUGGAUCUGUUUCAACCUUCGACCGUCACAGGCGCUGAAGUCGGCUCCCACAACCUAAACACAUCUUUCUCUUCCACAUCUCAGCAGUUUCCUUUGCCAACACUACCUCAGGUUCCUGAUAGUCCCUACUCACGGGCGCCUUUCGUCCACAAGUCUAGCAGCCAACACGAUCGUACUUCUGCUAUCGGCGACAUGACAUACGAGCGCCUGGAGUUUCUGGGAGAUGCCUAUCUGGAAGUCAUCGCUACACGUCUCAUCUUCUCGCGCUAUCCUCAUCUUGCCGCUGGUCGUCAAGCACAAAUCCGCGAGCGCCUGGUCAAGAACGACACAUUGACCCAAUUCAGCAUGGCCUACAAAUUCCAGGACCGUCUGAAAGCUGGAGGAGGCGAGCGCGAACUUUCAAAGGCUUCUGGCAAAAUUCUAGCCGAUGUGUUCGAGGCUUACGUUGCUGCUAUCAUCCUCUCCGAUCCGGUAGACGGCUUCAAGCGUGCAGAGACCUGGCUCACAGAGCUCUGGGCACCGAUCCUACUCAGAGAAUUUGGUCCCAUAAGUUCAGAUGGCGGUGCUACAUUCAACGAGUACAAUCAAAACGCAAAGCAGGAGCUUCAACAGAAGAUCGUUGGCAAGGACGUCAAGCUUGAGUACCUUGAGAACAGACCAAUGGAACAGACUAAGCACAUGCAAAGAUACUUCAUCAGCUUGUUUCUAACAGGUUGGGGCUACGAGAAACAACUUCUUGGUUCCGGCGAGGGUCAAAAUAAGGUCGAGGCAGGUAAUCGCGCUGCCAUGGAUGCUAUGGUUAAAAGCAAGGACAUCAUUGAUGAAGCCGCUCGCAAACUCAGCGCUUUGCGUGAGCAGAGGAAAAUGGAAGCUGCUGCCAAAGAGCUCGAGGCAAGUAUGGUCCAGCGGUAG